AUGAAGUUCUCAAUCGUCUCGCUCUCCAUCUUCGCAGCUGUCGCCGUUGCCCUUCCUCAGGCGACCCCGUCUUCCCCGACCCCGUCUUCCCAAUCCACCAUCGCGGCUUCCAGCAGUGCUUUCCCUCAGAUUUCCAACUCCGCGGUUGAGCCUGCUGGCAUCCCUGGACUGGGUGGAGUUUUGAACAAUGUUCCUGUCAUUGGUCCUAUCAUCAACAACGUUUAA